AUUCUCUUUCUCUCUCUCUACCGUCCCCGCGAUUGCAGGGCUCUAGUUUCCCUCUCUCUCUCUCUCUCUCCUCAUUUCAGAGUUUCUUCUUCUCUAAUCUCUGAAUUCAAUCUCUCGCUCUCUCUCUCGAAUAAUCAGUAGAUCUUCGAAUAAGGGCAGCCAAAUCCUUCAAUCUCUCGAUUUGAGGAUUUGUUAAUAUCACACUCACACAUCUCGAUUUCAAUUUCGGGAUGUUCUUCUGAGAAUCUUGUAUCUCAGAUUUUUGUUUUUACAGAUCUGAGUAUUCGGUUGGUUCGUUCUUGGAGGCGAUUUCUCUAGAUUUCGUCUGUCAAGAUGUUUUGGCGCAUGGCAGGAUUGUCUACGGCUUCUCCUGUAGAGACCAUAUUGGAUAAGGAUAACUUUACACUAGAUGAACUUCUUGACGAAGAUGAAAUAAUUCAAGAAUGCAAAGCUCUGAAUGGCCGCCUUAUCAAUUUCCUUCGGGAAAGACCUCAGGUGGAGCAACUGCUUCGGUACAUUGUGGAAGAAGCACCCGAGGAUGCUGAAAAGAGAAGGACUUUCAAGUUCCCUUUUAUUGCUUGUGAGAUAUUUACUUGUGAAGUUGAUAUCAUACUGAAAACAUUGGUGGAGGAUGAAGAGUUGAUGAAUUUGCUGUUCUCAUUCUUGAAGCCAGACCGCUCUCACAGUACGUUACUGGCUGGCUACUUCAGUAAGGUUGUCGUGUCCUUGAUGAUGCGUAAAACAGUUCCUUUUAUGAAUUUUAUCCAAGCUCAUCAGGAAAUUUUUCAUCAGCUGGUUGAUCUUAUAGGAAUCACAUCCAUUAUGGAGGUUUUAGUUCGCCUAAUUGGUGCUGACGAACAUAUGUACACCAAUUAUAUGGAUGCUAUGCAGUGGUUAGAAGAAACAAAUGUGCUUGAGAUGAUUGUGGAUAAGUUUAGCUCAUCGGAUUGUCCUGAAGUGCACGCCAAUGCAGCAGAAAUUCUUUGUGCUAUUACUCGAUAUGCUCCUCCUGGGCUUUCGGCAAAAAUUUCUAGCCCUAAGUACUGUUUCUUUUUUUUUACCAUCCUUGUGGGAAGCUUGUUCCGUCAUGCGCUGGAAUCAUCAAGACCUAAAUCUGUUUUAGUGAACUCUUUAUCUGUAUGCGUAUCUUUGUUGGAUCCUAAAAGAUUAACAUCGGGUCCAUACCAUACAUACAGAGGCCAGUUGACUCAAGGUCCAUCAAUAACUGCAAAUCCAGAAACAAUAAAUGGAAUGUUGGAGAGUGUUGGUGAUUUACUUAAGCUACUGGAUGUUUCUUCUAGCGAUAAUGUCUUACCAACCACAUAUGGGAAACUGCAGCCUCCUCUUGGAAAGCAUCGUCUGAAGAUAGUGGAGUUCAUCUCGAUCUUGUUGUCUAUUGGUAGUGAAGCUGCUGAGAGGGAGUUGACUGCUCUAGGAGCCAUCAAGUGUAUUCUUGAUUUGUUUUUUGAGUACCCAUUCCAUAACUUUCUCCAUCAUCACGUGGAGACUAUUAUUCUCGCAUGCUUGGAUGGUAAGAAAACAGUACUCGCUGAGCAUCUUCUUCAAGAUUGUAAACUUGUUGAGAAAAUUCUUCAGGCGGAAAAAAGUGUCACCCUGGCAACUGAUCAAAAUACGCCAACAUGUCCUGCCGAAGGAAGAUCACCACCCAGGAUAGGGAAUAUUGGACACAUCACACGUAUAGCUAACAAACUUGUUCAGUUGGGGAAUAGCAACAGUCAAGUUCAAGCAUUUCUGCAGGAAAACACUGAAUGGGGUGAUUGGCAUGCAAACAUACUGGUCAAACGUAAUACAGCAGAAAACGUCUAUCAGUGGGCCUGUGGGAGACCAACUGCAUUACAGGAUCGGAAUAGGGAUAGUGACGAUGAUGAUUUUCGAGACAGAGAUGAUGAUGUAGCAGCCCUAGCUAAUAACUUGAGCCAGGCCUUUCGAUAUGGCAUUUAUAGUAAUGAUGAUGCUGAAGAGGCUCAUGGCUCUCUCGAACGCGAUGACGAGGAUGUGUACUUUGAUGAUGAAUCCGCAGAGGUUGUGAUAUCAUCUCUUCGUUUAGGUGAUGAGCAGGACAGUAGUUCUCUUUUCACAAACUCCAACUGGUUUGCUUUUGAGGAAGACAGAGCUGCUAACGAGCGAUCAAAUGCAGAGAAGCCUGGUCCUCUAAGCAGUAGCAGCGAUGAUGAGGUCAUUGUAGGCGAAGAUGACGACUUAGUAGACACUGCCACGUCUUCAGUGCCUGAACCUAGGAUGAGUCCUGAUGAUUCACAAGCAUCUGUGAAUUUAGAUGAGAGUAUUUUGGAAGAAGAUACUAAAAGACUAUCUGUUGGUGAAGGUGAUAAACCACCAGAAUGGGUCCAAUGGAGAGAGACUUCUGAUAUAGAGCAGUCUCCAGAUCUAUCAAAUGGUGAGAUUGGGGCUGAUAUGGAGGACAAGAUCGAUGGAGUUGUUGACACCGUUGCUCCUGUUAAAUCUGAUUUGGAAGACAAGAUUGAUGCGGUUGUGGACGCUGUGACAACUGAACCUUCUUCCAGUUCCGACGAAGCCAUAAAUACUAAUGACUCGGCUGAAGCUGAUUUUGAAGGCCAAACAGGUGUUGCUAUUGUUUCAACUGAACCAUCUAUUCCCACCCUCGAUAAAGCCAUUGAUAGAGAUGAGCCUGUUAGAGAUGAGCCAUUGAUUGAGAAUCCUAGUUCCGAACCAUCUGAAACAUCAGUAGUGUGUGAUAUAGGUCCAGUUUCAGAUCGUACACUUGAUAAGAAGGAAGUAGGAGAAGCAGAAGAAGCUGUCUCAACUGCAGAUGUCAAGCCGAAUGCGGCUGUGGCUAUUGAAAAUACUGGAUCAGAUUGAUGGAAAGAUGAGCAUAUUUUUGGCUGAAUUUGAAGAACUGAUCUUUCGCAGGACUAAGAUAGUGAAGGCUGAAAGGAAAUUGCAUUGUCAGUCAAAUUCUUACCUAUAUCGGUACAGCCCUUUGUACAUCUUCGAGAAGGGCUUUAUCACUGCAUUCGAAGGGACGGAACCGAGAAUAUCGUUCUCUUAUACCAACGGAUCAUCAGUGUACAAAGCGAGUGCUCACUCUCUUUUCUCCGUCUCUGUAACCGGAGGAGUCGUGGAAAGUAGAGUUUCUUUUACCACUACCUCUCCCUCGGCAUCUUCAGCAAUGGGAGGCUGAUAAUGUGUGCAUUAAUAAUUUUCCACAGUUCAGUUAGCUGCAUGAUGUUCUUACUCGACAUUUCAGAUGAACAUUAAAAAAAAAUGGGGCCAUUGGUUCUUUUGUGAAGUAACUAGAUGUCUUUUUUAGAGUAAGUUAUUCAUUUUGUUAAUAAUUGUAUGUCCUCAAAUGAAGCUGGACCUCAGUUUAAAAAUGUCCAGAUUUUCGCUUUGUUACUGUUUUGUUGAUCUUACUCGUCGCUAUAGUUGGUACACUGUAAUUUUUCUUCUUCUUAGUACGCCUGAGUUGGGUCGUUGGCAUUGAAA